AUGGAGAACUGCGUGCAGCUAGCUCUCGCAUCCCGUCCACCGCCCUCCCCAUCGUACCCGCCGCCGCCCUCGCCUCGCUCGGCUCGGCCCACCUCGCCCGACCACCUGCACCCGACCCCGCUCAACCGCCCGCUUAAGAUGGCGCGGGACGCCACUCGCUCGAACCAGAACACGACCAACGGCGGCCACACCAGCACUCACGCCAAGCAGGGCGCGCCAGCAGCGCCGGCGGCCCCUGGCGAGGUGGCUCACCCCGCGCAACACCGGGUGCGCCUCGCAGACAAGGACGUGGGCAUCCUCUCUUUGCCUGCUCGCGACCUGCCCUCUUACUACGAUCCGCCAUCUUCGCCGUCUGCCGCAUCAGGCUCGGACGGUGAGGGGGCCGUCGACGGUCUCGCUUCGGCCAUCCCGACCACCAACCGCGGCCACAAGCUGUCGCGCCUCGCCCCGCACACCCGCCGAGGCCGUCUCGGCCACCACGCCAACGUCGACGCCGGCUUCAUCGACGACACGACCUCGACCUCGCUCGUCCCGCCGGCGCAAAAGCGCCGCAAGCUCAACGACCUCGCCGCCGCGUCGAGCACGAGCGGGUUCGCCGUCGCGCCCAACCUGCACCUCGUCCCGCGCAGCGUGCACACCUUGUCGCGCGAGCCCGACGCGCCGUCCCCGGCGCACCUCCCGCCCGUCCCGCAGUCGCCCCUCGACCUCCUCCUCACGCCGGCCGUCCAGCACACGCUCGGCCGCAAGAACAACACGUUCCACCUCCUCGCCGCGAGCGCGACGAGCCUCAUCGAGCAGGAGGCCGAGCUCGUCGGCGCCCUGACGCAGGUGUGCCGCGGCCUGCGCGGCGAGGGGUUCGACUGGCGGUGGGACGGCGACGACGAGCGGCGGCGCGAGCGCGACGAGACGCGGCGCAAGGUCGAGGACGAGGAGCGCAAGGUCGGUGACGACAAGGAGCAGGGCGCGCUCGACGAGGCGGCGGCGACGGCGGCAGCGGCCUCGGCGGGUCAGCCGGCCCAGAACGGCGAGGCGCCUGCGCCCGCGCCGACCGCCGGCGCCGUCGACGGCAUGGACGUCGAGGCGUCGCCUGCGCCCACGGCGACGACGAGCGCGCCCGCUCUCGAGGACGAGGUCAAGCUCGAGCAGGCGACGCCCGUCCUCUCGGCGCCCUCGGCCCCUGGAGCUGUCGCCGACCCGGUCCCGGUCCCAGGCCUGUCGCCGGCGCCACCAGCCGCAUCUACGGCCGUCGAGGGCGCCGAGCAAACUGCGUCGGUGCCGCCUGCGCCGACGCAAGACGUCGAGAUGAAGGAGGCCGCCGAGCCGACCACGGCCGAGGGUGCAGCCGCCGACAACUCGCCCGCCGCGCCGGCGCCCGCCGCCGACGCACCCGCGACCGCCGCCGUCGACGGCGAAGCUGCACCUGCGGCCAACGGCGCGGCGCCUAUGGCCUCGACCUCGGCGCCGAGCGAGGUUCCCGCCAUCGCCGUCACCGCUGCGGGCGCCGAGGACCCGCCCGCGACGGCCGCCGACGCCGGCGCCGCUCCUGCAUCCGCCCCUACGCCGGCGCUCAACGGCACGAGCGAGGGCGAGCACGCCGCACCCGGCGCCGGCACCCCGGUCGAGCCGGCGGCCCCUUCUGCCGACACCGCGACCGCCGCCGACCCGCCGACGCCCGCGACGCCUGCGACGCCCGCCCUUGCCGCGACGGCCGCCGCCGACUCGGGCGACGUCGCGUCGGCGGAAGUGACGCCGGCGCCGUCGCUCUCCGAGGAGCCGUCAAUCCGGCGGCGCAGCGGGCGAGUUGCGCGCGGCGCGGCGGGCGCAGGAGGCGUGUCCGGGCGGCACACGCGGUCGCGGCAGAGCUCGCCUGAGGAGGGUUACACGGACGCCGAGGACGAGGCCGAGGGCGCGGGCGAGGGCAGCAGCCUCGACGAGCCACUCGCGGCGGGCGCCGCGGCCGCGUCGAAGCCGCCUCGCGGGCAGCAGGCCGUCGAGGAGGAGGAGCUGCCCGAGUAUGCGGCGCGCCUCGUCGACCCCGAGGUGUUUGUGCGCGGGCUGUUCGUCAGCGAGGGCGACGUCGAGAUGGAGAGGGUCGUGCCCGGGCCGGGCGGCGGCAUGGUCGGGACGGGCCAGAUGGAAACGCUCACCCCGAACGAGCAAGAGGUCCUCCUGCACGACUGCCUGACCGACCUGCACCGGUUCCUCGCCGACACGCUCGAGUACCGCUCGCGCCUGCUCGAGAUCCGCGACGGCACGCUCGGCGUCGAGCGCCGGCGCAAGGGCAUGCACAAGGCCGUUAGGACGGUUGCGUGGGACUGGUUGCAGGAGGAGGGCGCGGGCAUGGGCGUCGGCGAGGGCUACGAGUGAGCGGGCGGCGGCAGCGAGGAGUGGACGAGGUGCUGCAGUUCUACGUUUCUUUUUCUGUGCCC